CCACUGCUACAGAAAUCUUUGGACUCUGCGAUGCUAGCUGCACAACCCACUCUGAACUAAGCCCAAAACAAGCAUCACUAUGUUCUUGGUUAAUCACCAGACCAAUUAGCACCUUGGUUAAGUUGCAGUGAGGUUCCAGUCCUGCUCCCCUCAGAGCUGGGAUUGUUCUGAUGAAACUCUCCCUCUACCCACGUGGCAAUACCCUGUUCACAACACUUUCAGUUCUCAAGGAGUAGCGUGAUAAGUCUGUUAACUCAUUAACACCUCCAGCUUACAGGAGACUUGGCUUCCAUCCUCUUGAACAGCCUCAGGCCCCACGCUCCAGGAAGUUAUUCUGCAGUUUCUGUUUUGCUUUCUUUUCCUGCUGAGCCAGGCUGGCUUUCAGUUCCCACCAUGAAGCUUCUGAAUGCUGCUGUAGUCUUUAUUCUUGUGCCCACUUUGACGCCAGCUUUGGACCCUCUCAGCACUUCAGUCCUCAUGGGGAGUGCUGCUGUCGCUUGGCAGCUCCUCUCCUCUCAGUCCUGGCUCAAGUGCAGUCUCCUGGAAUGCUGCAAUAUGAAGGACACGCUGAACUUCUCAGUUAUAAAGAUGGAUUUGGACCGAAAAGUCUUUGGCCAGCAUCUUGCUAUCGAGAUAGUUCUGAGAGCUCUGAGCGCAAAUAUGCGCUCCAAACGACCUAGGAAGCCCCUGGUGAUGUCCUUCCAUGGCUGGACUGGAACAGGCAAAUCGUUUGUCAGCAGUAUCAUUGCAGAGAACCUCUAUCGGCUUAAUAUACCAAGACGGAAGUUUGUGCACCACUUCAGCACAGUACUGCAUUUCCCACACCUUUCUCAUAUCCAUCUCUAUAAGGAACAGCUGCAGAAUUGGAUUCGGGGCAAUGUCAGUGCCUGUCCAAGGUCCCUUUUUAUCUUCGCUGAAAUGGAUCAGAUGCCACAUGGCCUAAUAGACUCUAUCAUGCCAUUCCUUGGCUACCAUGAAGAGAUUGAUGGUGUUUAUUAUGGCAAGGCGAUCUUCAUCUUUCUGAACAAUGCAGGUGGAGAUAAGAUAACAGAGAUUGCCCUUGAUUAUUGGAGAAGCCUGAAGAGAAGAGAAGACAUUCCUGUGAAGAAGCUCCAGUCUCUGCUCUCAGAGGAAAUUUUCAGGAACAGAAACAGUGGUUUCUUUCACAGUCAACUGAUCCAGAAGAACCUGAUCGACUAUUUCAUCCCUUUCCUUCCUCUUGAAUAUAAACAUGUGAGACAGUGUGUCCGGGAGGAGCUGCGCGUGCAAGGGCAUCGCGAGGAUGAAGACCUCAUAGCAGAGAUUGCCUUGGCAAUGACUGACUACCCCAGUGAAGAAAGGCUCUACUCCAGCAAAGGCUGCAAGACUGUAGCCUCCAGAGUGGCUCUGAGCAUCUAAGCAUUACCAGGCUGAAUGCCUCAUCUUGUGGCGACAAGACCACAGCAGAUGGAAGAACCAGUAACUCCCUUUCCCCUCCCUGAAGCUCAGUCUACACACUCUUUCCUGAAGGGAUUCAGGCUGUCCUGUACCAGAGGCACCUUCUGCAGAGCCCCUGAAUAAACACACCGGACACGGCAACAAUCGUGGUAUAGAGUAAGCAGAAGAGGGACAUACACGGGUGAUGAGGUUUGCUCUCUUUGCCACAGAAACACUCCUGAACGAAAGUAUUUUGAAGAGGAAAAUCUCUCACUUUUGUGGCAAGAGCGUUUGCACCUUAAGUCCCAGCAUUGCCCUAAUUAAUAAAAUCUGUUAAUAAAUGA